AUUGGGAUGGGAUUUUGAGAUGGGAUGGGGCUGUGGGAUGGGAUGGGACCACAUUGGCCAUGGUGCAGCGCUGGAGUUGGGAACCCCCUUUCUGCACCCCGACCCCAACCAACCCCCCCGAGCCCCCAGCCCAGCAAGGAGACCCCCAUUGUGGGGGGUGGGGGGGUGGGCUGAGGACGGGACCGCGUUGCCCACAGCCCAGCGCUGGGGUCGGGGAUCGUUUCCCCGCUCUGCCCCAAAGCGGCGGUGCGGGGCGGUGCGGGGCGGCGGGGCCGGGCUGUUCCGUCAGCGUGUGCGGGGCGUGGGCUGAGCUCAGCGCUUGGCUCCGCUCCGGGAUCCCGGGCCGGGAAUGUCGCUGGGAGCGCGGAGCGGGGCGGCUGCGGAGCGGGCCGACACGCAGUACCAGACUUGGCCACACCGGGACCCCCAGCCACCCAUCAGCCCUCCCUCCCCGACCCCCCCAGGCCCCAUGGAGGGCGCCGCGCCCCCCCCGGGCUGCUCGGCCACGUGGAUGGAGGACGGCCGGCGUCGGGAGCGGCGCUGGGUGAAAUACGACGGCAUCGGGCCGGUGGAUGAGACGGGGCUGCCGCUGGCCUCGCGUUCUAGCGUGGAUCAGCCCCGAGAUUGGUACCGCAGGAUGUUCCAGCAGAUCCACGGCAAGCUGCCGGAACCAGAGUGGGACACACCGUGCUGCACUACAGUUCUGCAGAGAUCUGAACCAGCCCUGGAUCCUCCGGCGCUGCCCAACGGCUGGGAGCGGACCCCGUGGGGCGCCGCCGAUGGCACCGCAGAGCCGGGCAGCAUCUUUGACUACGAAGCUGACGCGGUGCCAGCACAGCGUGGGCAGGUGGGAGCCCACAAUGGGGCACCCCACAGAAGUGUGGGAUGUGAGCACCACGACCCCAAAUCCCCUCUGCAGCCCCCAGGAGCUGCGCCUGCAGUGCAGCCCAUCGAGGUGCAGCUGCAGCGGGAAUUGGAACAGCUGAGCGCUGAACUGGAUGAGGACAUCCGCGCCAUGGAGCGGCCGCAGCGGUGCCCCACUGCCCGCAGCACCCGCAGCACCCACAGAGCAUCGCCGACCCCCACCGCACCGCCCGGAUUUGGGGACCCCCGCAGCGCCCGCCCGCGGUGCAGCCCAGGUGAGGAAAUGUCCACUAUGGGGCCGGGGGGGGGGAAGGGGGCAGCGCCCCAUUGCUGCGCCCCCCCAGCGCCGCUCUGUGCCCCACAGAUGGCGGCCGCACGCCUCAAGUUUGACUUCCAUGCCGAGUCCCCCAGGGAGCUGCCGCUGCGCAGGGGCGACGUGGUGCUGCUGCACGGCGCUGUGGACGCCAAUUGGCUGCGGGGGGAGCAUCGCGGCCGCGUGGGCAUCUUCCCCCGCACAUACGUGGAGCUGCUGCCCACCGGCGAAGCGCCGCAACGUGGGACCCCAACGGCACCGCAGGGCCGCGCAACAGCCGUGUUCAGCUUCCGUGGGGAGCUGCCCAUAGAGCUCAGCUUCCGCAGGGGUGAGCAGCUGUCCCUGCUGCGCCGUGUUGACGCCCAUUGGUACGAAGGACAAAUUGUGGGCACUGGGCGCCGUGGCAUCGCGCCCCGCUGCUACCUGCGUGUGCACUGCGAGCCGGGGGGCGGCCCCACGACCCCGCAGCCCCCAGCCCCACAGGCGGGCACAAAGCAGGGCUGCGGUGACCCCGCUGUGCGCCCGCCCUCCCCUCGGCGCCAGGAUCUCAGCCCCUGCCCGGCCCCACUGCCGCCCCACGCCGCACCCGCUGCACCCAGCCCCUCUGUGGGGCCCCACGAGGAGCCCCCAUCUGCAGGAGGACCCACCCCACACCCCGAGCCCACCUCCCCCCACGUCGGCUCCGAGAUCCGAUGGACCCCGCACCGCGCGCUCUAUGAGUACCGACCCCAAAACGGUGAUGAGUUGGAACUGAGGGAGGGGGACCGCGUGGAUGUGCUGCAGUGCUGUGACGAUGGCUGGUUUGUGGGAGUGUCCCAGAGGACGCAGAAAUUCGGAACAUUCCCCGGGAACUACGUGGCACCGCUGUGAUGUCCCUGCUGUCACCCCACACAUCUAUGGGGCCAAAGUGCCUCCAGCUCCCUCCACCCCUAUGUGGCCCCAAGCAGCGGCCGACCCCUGUGACCUCACUGUGCCCCUUGGCUUCCACGUGCUGCCUUCCUGCCCCACUGCUAUGGGGUCCCAUCACCAUGGGGUCCCAAUGCUAUGGGGUCCCAUCACCAUGGGGUCCCAAUGCUAUGGGGUCCCAUCACCAUGGGGUCCCACAGCCACUUCUGUGUCCCUCAUUAAAGUCAGCUUGUGUUGCUGCUCA